AUGAAUGCUGAUGCUAACUUUCCUUUCUUUGUGGUUCCGGACGAUCCAACACCUUCGUGUUCGUUGGUCCAAAAUGAAACCCAACCACGUACGGUGACGAAUUGGAUGCCAUCAUUCGUCCCCUCCUACUAUGAUAGCUCUCAUCAUUCUGCUGGUGAUGAGUCAGCACAAGAGCAACUAGCACAACGACUACCAAAUACAACUCUACUACCUCGGUAUGCUGCUGCUGUUUCUCCUGAAACAACGAGGAGUCCGACCGAAGAUUCUUUUGGUUGUACUGCUCCUCCUGGUCUCCCCAUUGAGGCAUUUGAACCAGUGCCGAUUGGUGGGACAACAUGGAGCACAUCAAGACGUGUUUCUUCCACCAUCAUGAUGGAUGCCUCUGUCAUUGAUAUCGUUCUGGAGCUUGUCGCCUCGGAAGAGGAGGAUGAAAUAGUCGUAAGCGACCCUGCUGACUCGUCCUCCUUGUCCUCAUCCUCAAGUAUGUCCAACGUGAGAAAGGCUUCUUCAGCACCCCAUAGUAUCACCGCAGCAGAAAACUUUCAUAUGCCCAAGAGAAGGCGCGUCUCCUACCACUCCUCCUCUUCUUCUUCGUCGUCCUCCUCCUCAAGCGGUCACCAACCACGCUUCCGCAAGUACCACGAAAAACAGUGGCAAGACCAGUUUCAAGAGCUCCUCAAGUUCAAGGAAAAGCACGGCCAUUGCCUCGUUCCGCACUCUUAUCCAGCGAACCAAGCCUUGUCUCGAUGGGUCAAGCGUCAACGAUACCAAUACAAGCUAAAGACGGCUGGAACGGCACCAUUCUCAAUUACUGAUACCCGUAUCCAGAAACUACGAGACAUUGGUUUUGUUUGGGACUCGCAUGCGGUUACUUGGGACAACCGUCUAAAAGAGCUGGCAGAGUACCGAAAGAAGCAUGGCGAUUGCAACGUCCCAUCAAACUACAGCGAGAAUCCGGAGCUUGCCACCUGGAUCAAGUGCCAGAGAAGGCAAUACAAGCUCUUUCGGGCAGGCAGCAACAAGAACAAGAAUAAGAAGAAGGCGUCCAGUAUGACUAUGGAGAGAAUUAAUGCACUCAAUGAGCUUGGAUUCAGCUGGACAGUGCGAGAGGAAAUUUCUUCCUAUUUUCCCCGUCCAAGUCUCAUGUUCUAA